GUGAGAUAACACAUCGCCGAAAAUGAACGCCGACCCCGAAGCAAUUACUGAAACUGGAGGAUCAUAUGCUUUGAAAAUAUUUCAAACAUGCUCUAAUCUUUUGGUGCAUUUGUUAAUAGGCAUUGUUGUGGGUACUUGUUUACAUUUUUCCUUCUCUAAUGGAUUACCUCUGGGAGCGACUGCGAUACACAUAGUGCUAUGUGCAAUAGGGUACCAACUCCUUAUGGCCCAAGCCAUCUUAAUGCUGUCCCCUGAGAACGCGUGGUCCAAGGUUCUGACAUUCCGAGACAAGCGCAGGGCCCACACCAUUUUGCAAAUAUCUGGAUCAGCUUUGGCCAUCGCCGGCAGUAUUAUCAAAAUGCUUGACAAGAACCAAAACUUUAAUACUCUACACGGACAAUUUGGUUUAGCAGCCAUGGUGUUUACAACUGUGAGCCUUGUGAAUGGUGUCACUUCGCUUUACGCCUUUGAAUGGAGGGCCUUCUGUCCAGGAAACAUCUCAAAGAUCACUCACAUUUUGUUCGGUUCCGUUGCCUUCAUAUGCGCGUCUAUUUGCUUGUGCUAUGGCAUUGACAAGAACUUCUUCAGGAUGUGGACCGGUCAAGCAUUUGCCGACACUCUCAUAGCAUUCAUAGCAAUCUUCACCGUUAUCAUUGUCAUAGCGCCCUUCGUAAACUGCUUCAAGAAGACCGUGCGUUUCAUAAAGAAGUGAUUUAAAAGUGAGAACACUACGGAAUCUCAAAGCUCCUAAAAUAUUUCGCAUGUGAAUAAAAUAACGAAUAUCGAACGUGUGCUAAAUUUGUUAUAAAUGAUGGUUGUUUUUACAAUAAUGUCCAGUGU